AUGGAAAACCUAAAGAAACAUAGAGCUGAAUAUCUGUCAAGUGAUAUAUUAGAGGAAAACUUCAUCAAGUCUUUUUCACCCUUCCAUGUGGUGCAAACGAUAUUGGGAUCGUCUCGUGUUGAUAUUCGAGACCGAUUUGUGAGUCCUCUAUCGAGGAGACAUAAAAUUAUAGCUGCUUUUUCGUUGAUCAUAACUCUAUUGUUGUACAUUUACAUUAUACAUAAUUACGCUUACAACAAAUUUAACAAGUAUCCUGCUAUUUGCUUCAUAACUACGUGCUCUACAUCCGCAUACUAUUUUAUUUUCCUUUGCAAUAUAAUUAACGUAAGGUUUGUAAAUGCUGAUGCGAAUCAAAAAUUUUAUUUAUUGCUCCAGGAAAUUGAUCGCAUCAUGAAAAUAGACCAGAAUGAUAAAAUUUAUCAGUUGUUAUUUCUUAAUAAUUUAGGCACUAUAAUUUCGUCUACUGUUUUCUUAGCAGCCCUAUUCUUUAUAGCUAUUUAUGAAAAUUUUAUUUUGAUUUUGGGAUUCUCAGGAAUGUUAUAUAGCAUGUUAUGUUGUAUUAUAGAGUGGUUAUGCUGCGCAGAUUUACUUGUUUAUUUCUUUUUACGUUUGCGCUUUAUAAAUGCCAUUAUUAUCAAUCACAUUGAAGGCAACACUAAAUUAAAGAAAUCAAAAAAUACCUUUAAUUUUCCUGUGGCUUUUGUUUGUAUGCGUCGGUUAGCAUUAGAAACACAUCAUUUUAAAACCAGUAAGACCCAUGUCUACCUGAAAGCAUUAUUUGAUGGAUAUUUGUCAUUUCAACAUCAUUGCCGAUGGCAAAUGCUCUUAUUCUUCACCAAUUUCUUUGUGCAGUCAAUGUUAAUUAUUGAAUUUAGCAUCAUGGCUCUACAAAAUGAUGCAAUGCAAUGGCUGGAGCUAGUAACCUUACCCUCAGCAAUAGGUGUAUGCCUUAUCCUGGGUACAGUAAUUUGUGCUCGUUGUGAAUUCUUCUUUAGAGAAGUGCAGCAGACUAAGCGCUUAUGCAUUACUAUUUUAUCACAAAACUUUGAGGGACCUCUACGCACAAAAGCAAAGACCAUGUUGAAAAUGAUUGAAAAUCAGCCACCACAGUUCUCUGUUUAUAACAUGUGGGAUAUGAACGCAUCAGCUAUGUUGAAAAUGUUGAAUAUAAUCACUACAUUAGCUGUAGCUUUACUGCAAUUCGCUUUUCUAUAAAAAAAAUUAUAAAAAACAUUAGCUUCUAAUCAAAGUAUUAAUUUUUUAACAAAAAACAUUGCAGGGGAAGAGAAAAAAAGUCAAGUCUAUUCGAAACAUUUUUAUUUCAAGUAUAAA